AUGACUCGAACGUUUGAACACUACGGUUGGCAAAAAGUGCUCUGGAAACGACAGGAUUAUCCAGAUAAUUAUGUCCCCCCUGCGCUAUUUCUUGCUUCUUUGCAAAGAAACCCCAAUUUUCGACCCUACACUUAUUGGCCUUUAGUUGUUCUGUCCUGCUCACUCACUCAGCAUCUUGCGGUGACCUUUAUAUUUCUAGCUGUGUUUGUUCGGUUGAAGGAUCAAAAGUUGGACCCUCGGUCUCUCAUAUGCGGUUCUGUGUUAUGCUUCCUCGUUGGCUACGUCAUAUGGAAUACAUUAGAUCAAAGAGGCAGCGCAGAGCGUCACUCUAGUCACCUUAAGACGCUGAAAUCUUCUAUUAUGAUGUUUUUGGCACUUAUGUCACUUUCACCAGUUUUACGGACCUUGACUGCCGCUACAUCCUCUGAUUCUAUUUGGGCGUUAUCCGUCGUUCUUUUUAGUCUAAAUGCUCUUCUAGCUGAUUAUACUGCUAGUAAACCAGAAGACUCUCAUGAAGGGCUUUCAUCGGUGUUGUCAAUGAACGCAGCUGUAUCUGCAUCUGUAGUUCUGGCGUCGCGUCUCGCAACGGAUGUCUCUGUUUUCGCAUUGAUGUUAUUCUCCAUUCAGUCCUUUGCUUUGUUUCCUAUGUUGCGUCACCGUUUACAAUCUUCUUCAAUCGUUGUGUGGGGUUUGAUUACUAUUGGCCUCUGGUUCUCUGCCAUCUACCUAAUUGCCGAAUUAUCCCGCACCAUUAUGUGGCUAUGUUCCUCUGUUUUAUUUUUUGUCACACUAGUUGCCCCUGGAGUUUUGCUGUGGGCACAGCGAUAUAAAAAUAUCAUUCGUGGGCCAUGGGAUGUAGCCGUUCCAGUAGUUCGUUGA